CCUCACCGACCAACAUCACCACCAUGUGGGGUGGUAGCCGAGCCCUGGGCCGGGCACUGGCCAUGGGGGGGUGGCCCCAUCCCCCCGCCCGGUGCUGUCCCCGUGUCCCCCCCCGUGGGGCCGGAGCCCCCCCAGGACCUGUCACAGCCCAAUGGCAGCUGGAGCGCAACCAUGCGGCAGCACCACCAGCGCCUGCUUGCCAUGGCGGCCACCGGCACCUGGGUGCGGCUGCCGUCCUACCGCCGCGCCACCCGCCUCGCAGAGGGGACACCAGGGGACACGCCUGGCGACACACGGCUCUUCCCCCACGCCAUCGACGGCGCCGGCGCUGGCUUUGAGAUUGCCAUGUUCCUCAACGCCGCCGAGCGCCGCAUCCUCUGCCUGUGCCAAACUGGCCCCUACCUGGAGGGACCCCCCGGGAUGACCCAUGGCGGUGCCAUCGCCACCAUCAUCGACAGCACCAUGGGGGUCUGCGUGCUGAGGGUGGUCGGGACGGUGAUGACGGCCAACCUUAACAUUGACUACCUGGCCCCCGUCCCGUUGGGGACCGUUCUGCUGCUGGACGGCCGCAUCGAGCGGAUGGAGGGACGCAAGGUGUUCCUGUCCUGCCAUGUCUGCGCCCCCGAUGGUGACACGCUGCACGCCCGGGCCACCGGUCUCUUCAUCCAGCUGGACCCCACCAAGCAGCAGGCACAGGAGAAGGGCGGUGGCCGGUGAUUGUCCCCAGGUGUCCCCUCCGUGUGUCCCCUGUGCCUCAGUUUCCCCAGGCGGGGCCGGGGGGGACAAGACCAUCAGAGCCGCUGCCACCA